UUUGGUUCGCGGUGUGUGGAGGCCGCGGAGCCUCGGGCUGGAGUAGCCGGUCCCCGGGAAGCUGAGGAGACGGGCGGCCUCCGCUGCCGAGGGUCUCCUAGUUUCCACUGAGCUGCUUUCAGUUUCUCUCAUAUUUUCCCACUGCAACUACAACCCUCAUCGGGAAGCUGGUAACCUUGGUCGUUUCCAUGUCACUCUGCACACUUGUGGGACUACAGUUCUCAGCAUGCCCCGUGGAGCUAUUAAUGACUACCACUCUCAGCAGGCGCUGACGGACUUAUUCGCCCUGCACAGGAACUACCAUUUUCAGCAUUCUUCUUCUUCUUCCCCUUUUUUACUUUUGCAGACCAUUAACUACAUAUCCAAAAUUCUGUGAUUGUCGGCUCAUAUAAGGGAAUGUCUCGGAAUUAUUCCUGGAAACGCUGACACAUCCACGUACCACAUGGAGCAUCUCGCGUAUAUAGAACUUAUGAGUGGUAGAUCACAUCUUCCCUUAUCAGAAGAUCCGAGUAACCAUUACUUAUCCAUCUGCCUGAAGACACCUCACAGGACAAGGAGUGAACCGGCCUCAGAGGGCAAUCCUCACAUGGCCUCUGCAACCGUCCCCAUCUCUUCUCCGCCUGGAUCCAUAGACACAAACCAACCCGGAUUCAAGAAGGAAAUCCUCAGGGUGAAGCUAGAAGGGAAGUACCUGUGCUCCGACUGCAAGAAUAUCCUGAGGAGGCCCUUCCAGGCCCAGUGCGGACAUCGCUACUGCUCCUUCUGUCUGAGAAAGAUUAUCAGCUCCGGACCACAGAAGUGCGCAGCCUGCAUCCAGGAAGGUAUAUUUGAGGAAGGAGUCUCCAUUUUGGAAAGUACCACAGCAUUUUCAGAUAACGCUGCCCGCCGGGAGGUGGAGGGUCUGCCCGCUGUCUGCCCCAUCAAUGGCUGUGACUGGAAGGGGACUAUCAAAGAGUAUGAGGCCCUUCAUGAAGGCAAGUGCCUGCACAUGCUGGUACCUUGUCCGGCGUGCAAGACGCUAAUCAGGGCGACCGAUCGAGACUGGCACAAUGAGCGAGAAUGCCCCGAGCGCAAACUGAACUGCAGAUACUGCAAACUCUCCUUUUACUUCCCAGAAAUUAAGGCUCACGAUGAAAUCUGUCCCAAGUACCCAAUGACUUGUGACGGCUGCGGAAAGAAGAAGAUCCCCAGAGAAAAGUUUCAGGACCAUGUAAAGACAUGUGGCCGGUGCCGAGUACCAUGCCGCUAUCUAGUCGCCGGCUGCACAGAGAUGGUGGAAAAUGACAAGUGCUUAGAACACGAGAAUAAGUACUUGGCCGAACAUUUGGCGCAAGUGUGGGAGUACAUCCAGCCGCGCAGAAAGGAGCUGAGCGACAUCACUCAUCGUAUAGGAAUGAUCUCCGUGCAGGGCAUCCCCAACUCGCUCAGCAGCCUGUCCUCCGUGGCAUCAAUGGCGGCUGAUGUCUCCAAGGCUCCUGACCUGCUGCGCCAGUUUGAAGUGGUGGACAAAAAGAGCGUGAUCCUAGAGAAUAUCGUAUGUGUCCUCAAUAAAGAGGUGGAGAGAUCGAGCAUGGCUUUGGAGGAGGCUGUAAGGCAGCGCAGGACGGACCAGGAGAAGAUUGACACCCUUAAUGCGAAGGUGCGGCAGCUGGAGCGCACGCUGGGUCAGAAGGAAGUGCAGCUGGCAGACCUGGAGACCCGGGUUCAGGAGGCAGAGCUGUCCACGUAUGACGGGAUAUUUGUCUGGAAAAUUACUGAUUUUGCAAAAAAACGUCAGGACGCCAUCGUGGGCCGAUGUCCGGCCAUGUUUUCUCCACCAUUUUACACCAGCAAAUACGGCUACAAGAUGUGCUUACGGAUCUAUCUGAAUGGAGACGGCACCGGGCGAGGAACUCACCUUUCCCUUUUCUUUGUGGUCAUGAAGGGGCCAAGUGAUGCUUUACUGCGGUGGCCAUUUAAUCAGAAGGUCACCUUGAUGUUGUUGGAUCAGAAUAACCGUGAACACGUCAUAGACGCCUUCAGGCCGGACAUCACGUCCUCGUCUUUCCAGAGGCCAGUAAGCGAGAUGAACAUCGCUAGCGGGUGUCCUCUCUUUUGUCCCCUCUCCAAGCUGGAUGGCAAAAAUUCUUACAUCCGGGAAGAUAACAUAUUCAUCAAAGUCAUUGUAGACCUCACUGGUCUCUAGAGCGAGAUGAAAUCCACGGAGGUGGAAUUAUUCCUUCUGUGUCGGUGGAAGCUCUGAAGCCGCUCUGUAGACAAGAGCGACGACUGCAGCCGAAGCUUUUGUGCUACAGUUAGGCCUCUUUCACACGAGCGUGACAGAUUGGCUCCGGAUGCGUUCAGGGUGCGUUCAGUGAAACUCGCACCAUUUUACAAGCAAGUUCAGUCAGUUUUGUCUGCGAUUGUGUUCAG